AUGGCUGCUUCAAGCGAGCACCCCGCAAUGACUACCAAACCCCACUAUCUGACCGGCGACAAGCCUGGUCUACAGGAAUUCUUGGAUAAGUUUGAUGUCUUCCUAUUCGAUUGCGACGGCGUCCUCUGGUCCGGUGACCACCUCUUCCCCGGAACCGUCGAGACUCUCGAACUGUUGAGGAACAAUGGAAAGCAAGUCGUCUUCGUCACAAACAACAGUACCAAGUCGCGUGCAGACUACAAGAAGAAACUUGAAGUCCUAGGAAUUCCAAGCUCAACAGAAGAAAUCUUCUCCUCAUCCUACAGCUCCUCAAUCUACAUCUCCCGCAUCCUAAACCUCCCCGAGAACAAGCGCAAGGUUUUCGUCAUUGGCGAAACAGGCAUCGAGCAAGAACUCAAUUCCGAAAACGUCCCCUUCAUCGGCGGCACAGAUCCCGCCUUCCUCCGCGACGUUAAGCCAGAGGACUACAAGCGCAUUGCGGCUGGUGACCCGUCUAUCUUGGACCCUGAGGUUGGUGUCGUGUUGGUUGGGUUGGACUUUCAUUUGAAUUACCUGAAACUGGCGCUGGCGUACCACUAUAUCCGGCGCGGGGCGGUGUUCCUCGCGACGAACAUUGAUUCUACGCUUCCGAGCUCGGGGACACUGUUCCCUGGCGCUGGGUCGAUGAGUGCACCAUUGAUCAUGAUGUUGGGGCAGGAGCCUGUGUCGCUGGGGAAGCCAAAUCAGGCGAUGAUGGAUGCUAUUGAGGGGAAGUUCCAAUUUGAUCGGAGUCGCGCCUGUAUGGUUGGGGAUCGCGCUAACACGGACAUCCGAUUUGGGUUGGAGGGGAAGCUUGGAGGGACACUGGCUGUAUUGACUGGGGUUAGUACUAAGGAGGAUUUUGUGGCUGGGCCGAUCAAGCCAUUGGCGUAUUUGGACAAGUUGUCUGAUUUGUUGAACGUUCAGUUAUAG